UUAUACUUAGCUGCCGGUUAAAUAACAUCAUGAUAUUACUCAAGUCUCAUACUCUACUGUGUUUUGGUUUACAUUUCAUUCUCUGCAGAAGUCAAAGCGACAAUGUUACUGAAAGUUCUACUGAAUCUAGUGAAGUUAACGAAGUUACUACUGCAUUAAUAGAACUUAAUAAUGGGACUGAAACACCAGGAAUGGUGCGUUUUCAAAAUAGCACUGAUAUUAAUGAUAACGGAUUUACGAAAAAUACAGACGGAUCUGCAAAUACAACUGAUAUGAGACCAAUUAUAGUGGCCUUCACGGCUCUCUACCCUAAGGGCUUAAGAGUCUAUGUUCUUGAUUACAACAUGACCGUAGUAAAACUAUACGGCGCAGUGAACACAAAGCUUCAUGGCUACAAACCAGGGCAUUUGAAGCUAUGUACGCACUCUGUGCCGAAUAAAAAUGUCACGGGAAACCGCUAUUGGCUGCUGCAGAACAAAAACAUCAAACUAAACAAGGGGGACACCAUUUACUACUGGAUCCAAACGUAUGGCCAAAGGAUCUUUAUAAGUAAAAUUGAUGCCGAAGCUGAGAUAAAAACUAUUUUCUAUUUGAACAAUACAGUCUUACCGGAGAAUGUAGUGACAACAGAACUACCCACAGUAAUGACUCCAACCCCUGCAAGACGCUGUAACAGAUCUGUUUCAGCUGUCCAGAGCAAAGCCUACACCUGUAAAGGGGAAUUACUGUUUGAGGAACACUUUACAAAGAAAAUUAACUACCUGAAACCUUCAGCUCUGAAUUUCUGGGCUCCUGAAGUCAUGUUUCUUGAUAAACCGGAUUUUCCUUUCAACUUUUAUUCUUUAAACGGGACUAUUCGAGUGCUAAAUGGAAGUCUUAUAAUUUCGCCGGUGUUGUUGGCACAAGAGUACAACAGCUGGAAGAUACAUGGAGAAGUGGACCUCUCGGAGUCAUGCACCGGGCGCCUGGGCUCCCCAGAGUGUGCCCGCGCCGCCGCCGCCGCCAACAUCCUGCCUCCAGUCAUGACGGGGAAGGUGACCACGAGGCAGAGGUUCAGCUUCAAGUACGGCAGGGUGGAGGUGCGGGCUAGACUGCCGGCUGGGGAUUGGCUUUUCCCUGAAAUAACCCUAGAGCCUCUAGACAGCGUAUACGGUCUGGGCCGAGGGGCAUCAGGGCUGGCACGGGUGGCCUUCACUCGAGGCAACGCUCGGUACCGCUCCUCACUCAGCGCCGGCGUUGUGCUAGCCGCGGAGGAGUCACGAAGACACGCGUUUUUGUUUGAGAAGAAGAGUGGGGAAGGAUGGACGGAGGAGUUCCAUAAUUAUAGCCUGGUUUGGCGCCCAGAUGGAAUAUCGAUGUUUGUGGAUGAAGAGCAAUAUGGGUUUAUAGAGCCUGAAGCGAUGCGGUCAUGGGGGGAGGCCCACAACUUGACUCAGGCCCAGAGGUGGAGAGCAGGGAGUCCUAUGGCGCCGUUUGAUGAAUUUUUCUACAUAUCCCUCGGUCUACGAGUGGGGGGGCUGAGUGACUUCCCAGACACAGACGACAAGCCUUACACGAACCGCGGGACCAAGGCCAUGCUGAGGUUCUGGGAGGCCAAGCAUGCCUGGCUGCCCACCUGGGAUGACGGCAGCCUAGCUGUCGAUUCUGUUAGAGUUUAUGCUAUAUGAUUUUGUGAUGGUAUUAUGUUAUAGUGUAUGGGGAGUUUCUCAGUGAAUGGCCCGAAUUCAAGUACCUAUCAGAAUUUUGUGGUGUACGAAGUGUACCAACAUAUAAAUGACGUACC